GCCUAGUGUGGCGGUUAUUAUACGUUUGCUGAUUUGGAUAAUUUUUGCAGUAUUGAAUUUUGCCUGGUUGAGAACUAUUGCUUUGUGGGUGGCCGGUUAACAAUUUAAGCAUUUAACAGAAAGCUUUUAUCAUUAUUCGUAAUUUAAAGUGUAGAAAAUGGCAAAUAUUAGCGGAAAAACUCUUUUGUCGGCAAACCGCGCUAUUGGAGCAGCAUUAAAUGCCAACACCGCACGCACACAAUCAUGGUUUGCUGGCGUGCAAAUGGGUCCACCUGAUGCUAUUUUGGGUGUAACCGAAGCUUUCAAACGUGACACGAAUCCAAAAAAAAUCAAUUUGGGUGUUGGUGCUUACCGCGAUGAUAACGGUAAACCAUGGGUGUUGCCAAGUGUGCGCACGGCUGAAGAACGCAUUGCCGCCAAAAAAUUGGACAAGGAAUACGCCACGAUCAUCGGUAUUCCAGAUUUCUACAACAAAGCCAUCGAGCUGGCGCUUGGCAAGGAUUCGGAACGCUUGAAAGGCAAACACAAUGCCACAACACAGUCCAUCAGUGGCACAGGUGCUUUGCGUAUUGGUGCCGCCUUCCUUAGCAAAUUCUGGCAGGGCAAUCGUGAGGUGUAUGUGCCAACACCCACUUGGGGCAAUCACGUGCCAAUUUUCGAGCACUCCGGACUUCCAAUUAAGAAAUACCGUUAUUAUGAUCCCAAAACUUGCGGUUUGGAUGUGCAAGGUGUUUUCGAAGAUAUUAGCAAAAUUCCAGAGAAAUCCAUUGUUUUAUUGCAUGCCUGUGCGCACAAUCCCACCGGUGUCGAUCUCUCAAUCGAGCAAUGGAAAGAGCUCUCUCAAUUGAUCAAGAAGAAGAACUUGUUCCCCUUCUUCGAUAUGGCCUACCAGGGUUUCGCCUCCGGCGAUGUCGAUCGUGAUGCACAAGCUGUGCGCAUUUUUGAGAAGGACGGUCACUUGUACUGCCUGGCCCAGAGUUUUGCCAAGAAUAUGGGUUUAUAUGGUGAACGUGCCGGUGCCUACUCGGUCAUCACUGCCAGCAAAGAAGAGGCUGAUCGUGUCACAUCACAAAUUAAGAUACUCAUUCGUGCGCUCUACUCGAAUCCACCAAUCAAUGGUGCACGUCUGGCUGCCGAAAUCCUCAAUGAUCAAGAAUUAAGAGCCAUUUGGUUGAAGGAUGUGAAAACAAUGGCCGAUCGUAUUAUCAAUAUUCGCGCACAAUUGAAGGGUAAUCUCGUGAAGUUGGGCUCAUCACGCUCCUGGGAUCACAUCACCAAUCAAAUUGGUAUGUUCUGCUACUCGGGCAUGACUGCCGAAAAUGUCGAACGUUUGUCGAAGGAAUUUAGCAUUUAUCUGACCAAAGAUGGUCGCAUCUCGAUGGCUGGUGUAACUAGCAAGAAUGUUGAUUACUUGGCGCAUGCCAUGCACGAAGUUACCAAGUAAACGCGAAAUAGCCAAAAUUUAAUAGAAAUGUUUGUUAUGAAUUUUAAUGCACAGCAAAGUUGCGGCCAGGUUGCCGCUAAAAUCGAACACACAUAUGUAUCUGUGUACAUGUAUAUGCAGGUGUGUGUGUGUAUAGUAGAAUUUUAAUAAAUAAUAGCAGUCCAAGUCUUUUAGCUUAGUAAACUAAAGUAAAUCUUGUAACAUGUACUUUGAGUACCUAAGCGAAUAUAACGCUCAAAAUGAAAAUAUAAUGUUAACGUAUAAAUGAAAGCAUUUAAAAUGAAACUGUAAAUCACGAAUUAAUAAACAAUGGAAAAUAUAAUAUAAGCGACUCACCCAUAUAUGUA